GUGAGAGUGAAUAGAUAAUCUACCGAAAGUGAAGCAAAAUGUAUUAAAAGAUUCAUACUACUGCUAUAAUAGUGAAUUGUAAGAGUGAAUAUAUAACCUACUAAAAGUGAAGCAAAAAGUCUUAAAAAUGUAUAUUGUAGAUUAAUAAAUUACAUUUAAAGUUUAAUAUAUCCACAGUGAUUAAAUUAAAUGGCGUUAUAUUUUUUUUUAAAUGGUUAAAACCUAAAAGACGUCAAGACUGGUUUUGAAAGUUUUGUUGAACAAACAAAACUUUUAUAAUUGGUAGUUAAUAAAGAUUUAAUCUAAGCAUAUUAUAAAAAAUUAUACCAUCAUAAUAUUACAGAGUUUGUCUGUUUUACGUGUAAUAUAUGAUAACAAAACUCAAACAAAUACGACAUAAAAAUUAACAGUUUUCCAUAUUUUUUUUAACAUGGAAGAAUUUUCUGAACAUGUGCAGGUAGCUCUGAAGCAAUUAAUAGCUAAAAGUGGCAUCAAUAAUUAUGAAGUUAAAUUAUCACCAGCUUCUAAAAAAGGAGAUAAUUAUUUAGGCACUUUAUAUAGAGUUGAAAUUAUUAGUACGGAUAACGAUAAUGACACCAAGUUAAAUUUAAUUUGUAAAAUUCCAUCAUCUGAUUGGGGCUCCGAAGACAACUGGCAAAAAAUUCAUAUACCAUAUGAAAGGGAAGUGUAUGUUUAUAACGUGAUCUUAAAAAGUUUUGAAAAAUUACAAAAUGACAAAAACUUAAAUGAAAAUCAAAAGUUCGCUUCAUAUGCAUUGUGUCAUGUUGCCAGCGAUGUAAAUAAGAAAGAAUUUUUGAUUUUGGAAGAUUUGCACGCCAGAAAUUUUGUAAUGUUUGACAAAAGAAAACAAAUGGAUUUUUCUCACAUAACAUUAGUUGCAAAAGGAUUAGCUAAAUAUCACGCACUAAGUUUUGCCAUGAGAGAUCAACAGCCUGAAAAAUUCCACAAAAUGACUCAAAUCGACUCAGCCAUGUAUGAUAUGACCGGUAGAGAAGCAUUUUACGAUUUAUGUGAUUUUGGACUGAAACAAGCCUUGAAAGCAAUAGAUGAAGGCGGUAUCACAGAAUUUUAUGAAAAUGUGAAGAAAAUCAAAGAUAAUUGCGAGGAAUAUAUGGAAAGUUGUUUCAACGCAACGGGCUCUGAAAAUUAUAGAGUUCUUUCACAUGGAGAUUGUUGGAAUAAUAAUAUGAUGUUUAAAUAUCAGGAUGGUAAACCCAUUGAAAUUUGCUUCAUCGAUUGGCAAAUAGCACGAUUCGUAUCUCCUGUAUUGGAUUUAUUAUAUUUCUUCUACCUCAGUACAGAUGAGGACAUGUUAAACAAUAAAUAUGACUUAUUUUUAAAUGACUACUAUACCGAACUCAAAAAUUUUGUUCAUCUUUUAGGUAGUGAUUUAGAUAAAUUAUAUCCAUAUAAAAUAUUUCAAAAUGAUCUCAAAAAGUUUGGGCACUUUGGAGUAGUUUUAUGUAGUUUUGCCCUAAAUUUCAUUUUUGCGAAUACUGAAACGGCUCCAGAUUUUCAAGAGAUGACUAAUGCAUUCGAUGGAAAUGGAUCUUUACAAAACUGUUUAGAAUUUAAGGAUUUAGCAACAAAAAAACGCUUUCAAAAGAUAAUGCGAGAUGUUAUUCAGCAUGCAGCAAAAAGAAAUUAUAUUUGA